CGGCGGAGGAUGGCGGAGCCGCGCCGGGUGCCGUUCAUUAGCCUGUCACCCGUGAGGCGCCGCGAGGGCGAGAGCCCGGCGCUGGAGCGGGAGCCGGGGGGCCGCGAGCCGGAGCCGCCGCCGGCGGGCCGCGAGGCGCCGCUGUUGGCGCCGCCGGAGCCGCCGCACGAGCUCUCCCGGCCGGAGCCGCCGCCGCCGCCCCGCGAGAGCGCCGCCCGCCUGGAGCCGCCCCGCGAGACCGGCCGGCCGGAGCCGCCGCCGCAGCGGGAGCCCCCUCGGCCCGAGCCGCCGCCGCUGCCGCCGCCGCCGCAGCUACCGCCGCCGCCGCCGCCGCGCCAGGGCAGCCGGCAGGAGCCGCCGCCGCCGCAGGAGGCGCUCCCGCUCCGCCAGACGGUCCGCCUGGAGGUGGUGCUGAAGGACCCCACCGAGGAGGGCUGCGUGGAGUUCAGCUACCCGGAGCUGCUGCUGUGCGGGGACUCGCGGAAGAAAUCGGUUCACUUGGAAGAUCCAUUUAAUGAUGAACAACGUGAGCGGCAUGAAGUAGAAAUGCUAGCCAAGAAGUUCGAGGCAAAAUAUGGUGGAAAGCCCCACAAACAUCGGAAGGAUCGCCUGCAGGAUCUAAUUGAUAUAGGCUAUGGUUAUGAUGAAACAGACCCUUUCAUUGAUAAUUCUGAAGCGUAUGAUGAAUUGGUUCCUGCAUCCCUGACAACCAAAUAUGGAGGGUUUUAUAUUAACACUGGUACACUGCAGUUCCGCCAGGCAUCUGACUCGGAGGAUGAAGACUUUGCAGAAGACAAAAAGCAUAGGCCACCUAAAAUAGCAAAGCUAAAAGAAAGUGAAGAUCGUGGAAUGAAGAAGCGCAAGAGGAAAGAUGAAGGGACAGAAAAGGAGAAGAAACCUCGGAAAAUGAAAGUUCCUAAGCAGUUGGGAGUAAUGGCCUUAAAUUCACACAAGUCUGAAAAGAAGAAAAAGAAACUGUAUAAAGACUCACUCUCUCUGGCUGCCAUGAUCCGUAAAUUUCAAAAGGAGAAGGAAGCCAUGAGGAAGAAGGAAUCUAGUCCAAAACCUCCAGUGACUGUUGCAACCUCUACCCCUAGUAAAAUUCCUUCCUCCUCUCUCAGUGCAGGAAAUGAUAUCUCUGACUUGAAUCUUAGGAUCAAUGAUCCUGUCCUCUCCAUUUUUGGUAGCACAAAUGAAGGUGAGCUCCUGCAAGAAGCUGAAAGUGCCCUGGAGAUGCUGGGAGACAUUGACUUUGACAAGUUGCUUGAUGGCACUUCUGAUGGCAGCCCGGUAUCUGAACUGUCAGGAGAAAAUGGCAAUGUCACUCAGGCAACCUACACCUCUCAGGUCAUGACACCCAAGCAGGUGCCUGCCCUCCCAGAAGGUCUGCCUGUGCUACUCGAAAAGCGCAUUGGAGACCUUCGAACAGCCGCCAAGAUGUUUGAUGAAGAAGGCAGGAAGAAGUUUUUCACGCAAGACAUGAAUAAUAUUCUGCUGGAUAUUGAGCUACAGUUACAGGAGAUAAAUCCUGCCAUCCGCAAUGGAGUGUACUCUCACCUUGAGGCUUUUGUGCCGUGCAAUAAGGACACACUGAUAAAGCGUCUGAAGAAGUUACACCUCAAUGUCCAGGAUGACCGCUUGAGAGAACCACUUCAAAAGCUGAAACUGGCUGUCAGUAAUGUCAUGCCUGAACAGUUAUGCAAGUAUCAAGAGGACUGUCAGGCUCGCAAUCAAGCCAAGAAUGCCAAGUUGCAAGCAGAAGAUGAAAGAGAGAAAAAUGGAUCGGAGGAAGAUGAUGAUGAGAAACCUGGAAAGAGGGUUGUGGGACCCAGAAAGAAGUUUCACUGGGAUGACACAGUGAGGUCUCUGUUGUGUAAUCUUGUCAAGAUCAAGCUGGGAUGCUAUGAGCUAGAGCCAAAUAGAAGUCAGUCUGCUGAAGAUUACCUCAAAACCUUUAUGGAAACAGAAGUGAAACCACUUUGGCCUAAAGGCUGGAUGCAGGCAAGGAUGCUUUUUAAAGAAAGCCGAAGUGUUCACAAUCACCUCACUUCUGCUCCGGCAAAGAAGAAGGUGAUUCUGGCCCCUAAACCCAAAGUGAAGGACUCCAGUCCAAAGAAAGAACAGAAAACCUGUAUGUCUUCAGUCAAUUCCAGUUGUGCUACUGUACUGAGUUCCAGCACACCUGUCUGCACCCCAGCCAGCUCUAGCUGCACACCAGCUCCAGAGACGAUCUGCUUGGAUGAUUCACUGGAUGAAGAUCUCUCUUUCCACCCACCCUCACUGGACUCUAUUUCUGAUGCUCUGGCAGUUAUCAAUAAUGGUGCCAAGGGAUCACCUCUUGGGUCCACCAUAGACACACCAACACCCAGACCUCGCCCCGGGCUGAGGGAAGAGAAACUAGCAAGCAUUAUGAGUAAGUUGCCCCUGGCAACUUCAAAGAAAGUAGAGCCCACUCAAACACCCCAUUCAUCAAGUCUUAUUGCUGGUCACACAGGGCCAGUACCAAAGAAACCCCAGGACCUAGUUCACACUGGUAUCUCUUCAGGCCUUAUUGCUGGAUCUUCAAUUCAAAAUCCUAAGGUUUCCUUAGAGCCUUUGCCAGCCAAACUACUUCAGCAAGGACUACAGAGGUCAAGCCAGAUCCAAGCUGCUUCCUCCUCUUCACAGACUCAUGUUUCUUCCUCUAAGACCCAAGCAGCUAUUUCCACCUCCUCUCAAAGAACCAAGGAUGCUAAUAUCUUGGUAUCAUCUUCUGAGGCUCAAGGUGGUUCUUCCUCAACAUCACAAGUGACAAAGGUGCACCAGCAUUCAGCUGUACAGCAGAAAUACGUAUCUCCUUUACAAGCAACUAUUAGUAAAUCACAGACCAAUCCAGUGGUGAAAUUGAGUAGUAAUCCCAAACUGUCUUGCUCAUCACCAGUCAUCAAGGCUCAAGAUAAGUCUGUAGUAUAUCGCCUGCCUUUGUCUAAUCCCUCAUCUGGAAGUGGCUCUCAAGUGUCUCACCCACUGGUUUCUCGGACAACAUCCAGCACCUCUACCUCUAGUAACUAUUUAGCCAAGGCUAUGGUGUCACAAGUUUCUUCCCAGGGUUUCAAGCCUCCCUUCUCCAUGGCUGCCUCUCCCAAACCUGCUGCCUCUCCUAAGCCCACUGCAUCUAAGCCCUCUGUGACACCCAAGCCCAAUGCAUCACCUAAAUUUUCAUCCAAGUCCACCUCAUCCCCCAGGCCUGCAACAACACCCAGUUCUUCCAGUUCAAGUGCACUAGUUUCCCAGAGUAGUCACUCCAGCAACAACCCCCAUCAUAAACAGACCAGUGGUGUAAAUAUCAGCAGGCAGUCUCCCACAAUGAAUUUGCUGCCCUCUAAUCGCACCUCAGGCCUUCAGCCUGCAAAGAACCCUCAGGCUUCUUCAAAAUUGCCCAACUCUUCUCCUUCUGGAACUGUUGGUAAAAAUAAUUUGGGUGGAGUUGGAAUGAAUGUACCUGCCAGCAGAGGCAGUAACCUUAACUCAAGUGGAGCUAGUAGGACUAGUCUGUCUGGGGGAGCAGGAAGUGGAACACAGGGUGCUACUAAACAAUUGUCAACUCCACACAGACCAUCUUCUGCCUCAGGGUCUCCAGUUGUAGCAGCCAGUGUGCAGUCAACAGCAGGAGCAUCAUUACUGGCUAACGCCUCACCUCUGACUCUCAUGGCAUCACCCCUGUCUGUAACCAGUCAGAACGUGACGUCUGCACCAUUAACUCCUUUUGGGAUGCUGGGUGGCCUUGUUCCUGUGACUGUGCCCUUCCAGUUUCCCUUGGAGCUGCUUGGCUUUGGGACGGACACAGCUGGAGUGACAACCACCUCGGGAUCUACCUCAGCGGCUUUCCACCACAGCCUAACUCAGAACUUACUGAAGGGUUUACAGCCAGGUGCUCAGCACGCAGCAACGCUGUCUCACUCACCUCUGCCUGCUCACUUGCAGCAAGCUUACACAGAUGGAGGCCAAAGUAAAGGGGACACUAAGUUACAGCGGAAAAACCAGUGACUUCUGGACAAGCAAGGGAGCUGAAGCAGUUCUGGUUGGCUGACAGAAUCUGCCCAGUUGGGAAAGUGCUUAUUGUCACAGGGCUGCUGUUUCUGUCGAUGUUUACAUAUUCUGAUCCCAAGCACUGUGGUGAGAGGAAGAAGAAAAAGAAAACAAUACUUGAUCAAAGAGAGAAGGAAAAGGAGGACUGGUCCUCCUGGUCAUGCAGACUGGUCAUAGUUUGAUCUUGCCUAAAGAAACAAGCUUUUUUUAUCUGCUCUGAUUGGCUUUUAAAAGAAAUUGAUCGUCAAACCCACAGCAGCACAAACAUUUUUUUUCUGGGUGAUGUCCAAUGAAGAGUUGAAAGCAUGAGAGGAGCUAGAUUAGGUUUCUCCAUCCAUUGUGUAAGGUGGAAUCAUCCACUUCAUUAGUGCCCAAAGUGCCCAGUAUAAAUUAUGUGUAGGUCCUGAGUAUACUAUAUGGUUGUGGACCAAAGGUUAUGUAGAGUAGAGGUGGUGCUGGGAUACUUUGUAUUAUAAUUAAACCCUUACACAAAUGCAGUUUCUGAUACAGGCAUUUUUCCAGCUUUACAAGGCUGUUUGGCUUUAGGGAGCCUACAGAUGUAUGCAGUCUCAUUAGAGAGUUAUCUUCAAAACAGAUCUCCUGGUACAUUGAGAUGUGAGGCACAGACUACUGGGAAAUCCCUUGCUCCUUGUUUGAUGUUUUUUUGGUUUUGGGUUUUUUUUUUAAUAUUCUUAUUUAAGGGAGGAAGGAGAUGAAAAAUUUUCAAUUUACAUGAAAAGGAAACCCACUUCUUAUUGGUCAGACUAGCAUUUCUUUCCCACAUCUUUUUUAAAGGCACACUGAUUUUUCAGUCCUUCGAUUUGUUAAACUUUCUUUUCCUUUGCCUUGUGCUUAUCUGUUACUGAAAUUAAGUCAUGUUCUAUUCAUGUCUUUUUUUUUUUUUUUUAUAAAACACAAGCAGUUCUUUACUCAUUCUAGAUCUUCCUCAUCUUUCAUCUAACUCCUCCCAAAAGUCAUGCAUUCUACUGAUUUGCUAGUUAAAGAAAGCUGAUUGUGACCUAUUCCAGAGUCAGGUUAAUACUGCUUCAGGCAUUAGCCAAAGAGGAGUCGUUCAAAAGCGACCAGAGGUGCCUUCUCUUCUGGGGGCUGAAUGGGUUGUCUCCAGCAUUUCCAGCCCCUGCUAGCCUGGGGAGUUCCAGACCUGAACUCUUCUUUACAUGGGUAGCGCAAGACUGCAAAGCUGGCUUUUUUUUUUUUUUUUUUGAUAGCAAUACAUUGACUAGCUCAUUUGUAAGGUUAGGAAGUAUCCAGCACAUGUUGCACUUUCAACAUUAGGACAGAACUUUGCUGUUGAGUCCCCUGUGCUGUCAGAUAAAAGAUGAGAAUGGCAGAAAGUGAAAUAAAUCGUAGGAGAAAGGAGCAAAUAAAAUAGUAUGAUGCCCUUCUCCAGCCCCGAAACAUUCCUUUGAUCAGAGAUGCUGAAAUUCCUAGUAGCUAGUCUUUCCAGUACUUUGAUUUGAGAUUAAACCAGUGACUCCUGGCUAUCUCACACCUUCCAGAAAGACUUUGACCCAUGGAUAAUGAAUCUUCAGUGUUUUUUGCUAGAUUAACUUAUAGCUUUCAGGUUUCUUUUACAUGUGAUUUAUUUUUCUUAGACCAGACAACAAUUUCUUUUCUAUUUAGAGCUCAUUUUAAUUUUAUAUAAAUAUAUAUACGUGAAUUUAAAAUAAUAUAUAUUGUGUAUUUAGUAUAAAAAUGUUGGGUUGAGCUCAGCAAUAAAUGUUUUUGCACAAUACUUCUGUGAAAGACAGAUUGAAUUAAAAUAAGAUGCAUUAGUUCAUUAAUUUCACUCCACAGCAUCUGCCAAGUAAAUGCUUUCUAGCUAGUGCUAAUGUUUUGUAUGUGGCGUGUUGAUUAGAUAAACUUGCAUCUCCAUCAGCAACGUUAUUUAGGGUUGAAACAUACAGCUACAUAGACUCUGGCAUUCCUAAUACUGUGCAAAUCCUGUCAAAAUAUGAAGCUACUUAGAAUGCAAGCUUUAUCUGAUUUUUUUUCUCUUUUCUCCAGGAAGGGUUGAAGGAAGACAACUUUUGUUUUUUGAGGCCUAACAGUUCUGGCAGGAUGCUAAUUCUCUGAACUGUGUCAAAAUGUAUGUAGCUAAGGGAGUUGCAGCAGGCAGCAAUAUAUUUAAAAGACCCUGUCCCAAGAGAGUUCUACCUCUUCUGUGUUUUCCUCAUCAAGGCAUCUCAUUCAAAUUGCCAUCUUUUGUCUUCAUACUUAAUGAAAUUUUUGACUGGGAGAGUUGGAGCCCUUUAACUACAGCACAAAUUUCCUUUCAACAUUCCUCUCUUAUUGGAAAUGUCCCUCACCUUCAGUUGAGGAGUAUCCUCUCCAAAUCGUAAGGAGGGUAAGAGUAGUCCUGUCUGUGUGGCCUAUUGAGCUUCUCAGUCUUGGGAAACAACGAAAUUAAUACUUACUGUGGAAAUAGGUAGUAGGAUGAGAAUAAAGAUGACCAUACAUUAUUCGUGAAGCCAGUUCAGACAGCCCCCCAGAGGGUAGAUGUUUUCAGUCAUUAUGCUCCUGAGCUGCUUUGGAAUCAGCAGCAUAGCGAUGAAAGGGUCUAUAUUCCCUGUUCCCUAUUCUCUCUGGUUAAACCUAGCAAGGCCAAAUCAAAGGAAAUAAUAGGGUGGCUCCCAGAGACCUUUGCAGGUAGGAUAAACUGGAUGGGGAAGUGAAAGAUUUCUGCAACGUCCAAAUGCAAAAUUAGGUUAAUGUUUUACUGUUUUCUGCACAGCAGCUCUUCUAAAGACAUUUUUCCCCAAGUUUUUACUACUUUUUAACGGCCUUUGUUAAUAAAUAAACUGUAGUUGUACAUACUAAAUAACCCUCAGUAUUCACAAGCAAUAAGAAAGCCAAGUAGAGCUGUCUUUUCUAGGCAGCAGGGCUGAACUUGGUUUGGGGACUGUAUAUGAGCUAACAUGUCAAGCUCACUGAAAGCCCCAAACAAAUGCAAGCAAUAAUUUCAAACACAGGUUUUAGAUGUUAAAACCGUCUGGGUAAUCUUUUCUGCUACAUGAUCCAAAGUCCCCAAAGUCAUGGUAGCUAUUUUACAUCCUUGUGAGACACUUGCAAAGAAAGAAGGCAGGCUAGAUGAAAAACAGGCUGCAAAGUUUCUUGAUAACUUGGACUAUAACUGCAGUGUUCUCCCACUCCAAGAUGCAAAUGGCCUAAAUCACUUUGUCCAGCCUUCUCUGUUGAUUUGAGAUACAUGACUAAUAUCGAUCAACUAAGUCACAAGUGUGGAUGCUGUGGGUUUCACAUCUGUUUUCUGCUAAUCAGAAGUAACUUUUAAUUACCUGGGUUCUGCUUCUUGUUUGAAUCCGAUCAAAGUUGUCUGAUGCACAGAUUUGGGGGUGGGACAGGUGCCGAGAGCCUUUUUUCCUUCCUGCAGUCCCAUCACCUGACCCUUCCUCCACACUCCUUCUCCACUUGGUGCAAGACCCUUGAGGACAUGAAAACAGAGAAAUCCUGCAACUCUCCCAAGCUGCCAUCAGUUGUGUGAACCAUUAACCCUCUGGGAGUCAUCUUGGACUCCAACUAACUUUAUCACAUUUGCUGCUACAUUCGUAAAAUGAACUUUUGGCUGUAUUUAUUAGCAAAUUUUAAUCUAGUUUACAAUUUUUGGUUUUCUUUUGAGUAGCUUUUGCCCACAGAUGGAUUAGAAGUGUUGGGGUGUUUGGGUUGGGGUUUUUUUUGUUUGUUUGGGGUUUUUUUUUUUUUUUUUGAGUGAAUUUGUGAAGAGACAGUGGUCCCUCCUCUGCUUUUGCUUUGGAUUUUUUUGAACAUGGCAUUGCAGGGGAAACCUGCAGCCAAGCCAAGUUGUGGAAGGCUUCUUCCCACAUGUAAUUUUCAUCUUUUGCUGAAUUGGGGGGAAAUCAUUAAAGGGACACUUGCUUUUUGUUUGGGUGUUUUUUUGUUUUGUUUUGGUUUUUUUUUAUAAAACGAACCAGAAGGUGAAAGCAGUAGGUAAAUGACUGAUUUAAUUAACACUUUAUGCAAUUUUAAUUUUAUAGAAAUUAAAAAAAGUUUGGUAGGUUUUGAUUGGUCCUAGCUCUGGUGAAAUGGCUGUUACCCUCCAUGACUUACUUGAUUCAGGCCUUUGUCCUUUGUUUAAGUGCCUUUUUUUUUUUUAUUUUAUUUCCCUACCCUCUUUAAACUGUUCUCAGAGAUCCUGAAGUGCUGGAAGGCAUUUUGGAGGAAAAUCUUUAGCUUGCCAAGAUGGCUUUAUGCUGUUAUACUAUUUUUUUUCCCUUUUGUAAAGAAAAAAAAGUGUGUAACGUGUAACUUCAUAGCUGCUGUACCAUGGCGUUGGUUCCAUGUGCUUGUGCGUUCUUUCUCUCUUCACACUCACACACAUGCACACACACACACACACACAUACAGCAAUAUUCCUGAGAAACCUGUUCAUCCUACAUUCUGCUGGCUCUGUUAAACACUUUACUUAAAAGGUGAACGCUUGUGCAAAGAUGGCAGUACAAUAAAAAAGUGUGUGUGAGUGUGUGUAAAUGUGCAUGAGAGAAAGGAAGUGGCUAAUGGGAAUGAAACUUCUUCCAUUUUUCUCUGACAGUUUUAAAUGUGGAUCUUUAUUAGGUAAUGAGGAAAACAUUAUGGGCCCUGUAUGGCAACCUUACUAAAUACUGGACCACUUCACAGAGUUAUGGAGUCUGAGGCAAAGGCAUGUGGCUGACAACCCCAAGGAGGUCGGGGAGGGGGAAAGGAUGGUUAAAAUAGCAGCCUGCACCAAGUUUGAGUUGAAUCGCAAGGAAUCUUGUGUGCAGCUAGUCACAUCUGCUUGGCACCAGUUACUGCAAGGAUUUUCACAUUUACCAAAGUUGUCACUUUCUACCAUGCAUCAUAUUCAAGAAGGAAUUUGGUAAAACCUGCAACAGUGCAGCUGCUACAUGAAGUUAAACGUGGCUGUGCUUCACAUGUUGCCUAAAUCAUUCACCAUUAAGUACUUUUCUAGUUGUACUUUUUCUCAAUUCAUUGAGAUUUCAUUAAUGGUUUGUUCUCUUGAUGUAAUGAACAGUAAGUUCACAUGUUGUUAGCUGCAAGUGAGCCCUAAAAUAGUAUCUGUGCUUGUUUCCUUGUUCUCUGACAAAAUUAGCAAUCUGCAAAAGAUCAUCUAGUGAUUUUAACAAUCUGUGCUGAGGAUCUAUUUAACUUAUGUCUAUUAUAAACAUGCAUACCUGCACUUGUCAGCCAAGUGCUAAACUUAAGGGUAACAUACGUACACAUCACUAGACUGUACUAGUUCUGUAAUGUACUUCCCCUGGGGAAGAUCUAAUUUUGAGUUGCAAUAUGAAAAGGAAGCAUCUACUUUCUAGAAUGCAAAUGGAAUCAAGAGUCCUUCAUAGGUGGAGAAGCCAUAGGUGGAAAGGGCAGAAAAUAAGGUAUCGAAUACAUAUUCCUGUGGCAGAGAAUAGCCUAACUGCUAUUUCAGUUUUUAGCUUGUCCUCACAUGUUUGAGUGAACCUGUUUAGGUAAACGAGGCUGUAGGCUGAUUUUUUCUACCAAUCUAAUGGUGCCGGUUAAAGAUAGGGAUUAUUGCUGGUAGUGCAGCCAGUUAGUGAUAGUGAGGGUGCUUCUUAAUCUGCCUUAGGUGCAUCGGUGAAGUUACUUCAGUGGAGUUUGCCACAUCCACCUGUGGCAGUAAACAGCAAACCUGGCUCUUAUGUUGCUAUUUAAUUAAUUUGGGCCACAUAUGCUCUUUAUCCUAGGCUGAUCUGUGAGAUGGGGAAUCUACAGCUGAAUGUUGCUGUCUUUUUUAACAAAUGCAGCUGUUGUGAAAAUCUGUGUCUGUCUACUGCUUAAGAAAUCACUGCCAAAAUAAGCAGCCAGAAGUAUGCUUACUGGGCCACUGGAAAGAUAACCAUUGUGUAGGGGAAUGCUUUGUUUGUGGAAACUUCUGGUGUGGCUUCAUCAUCCUUUUUCUAUGACCCGGUGAUCCCUUGCUGCUGUAAUAGCCUUUUGGGGCCAUAGAAAGCCCUGCUGCUGCUAUGAGUUAUGCUGAGAGAUCAGCAUGGCCUGGAACUGGCCCAAAACUGGGGAAGUAGAAAGAUUCCCUACAGCUGUUUUUGCACACUCUUCAUAAAUAAAACUGUGCUGAUCUUGUCAGUAGUCAAGGAUAUAGGUCUGUAUUUUGUAGCCAUUUUUGACAGCUAUAAUUCUACAGAGCAACUCUGGAAAAAAAAAAAAAAAAGUUUUGUAUCUAGAAGUGAAUUUCAGUCUCUUCUCUUGCCAUUCUCUCCUGCUUAAAUAAUGACCAUUAACUAGUAAGUUUUUCUUUAUGGUGAAGUAAUCCAAAGCAAGCAGUAUAUGCUAUGUUUGACAUGUUCAGUGCUAAGGGGUUUUGGGUUGGGUUGUUUUUUUUUUCUGCCCAGCAGUGUGUGCAGAUAUAUUUUAUCAACAGAUAGUUGUUUGUUACUGCCUAGUACCAAGAUGAAAAGGGAGGGAGAGAAUCAACCAAAACCAGUCAGGAGAUACCACUAUUGUAGGCCAAACCAAGUAGCUGCUGAGGCAGCGAGAGCUUCUUUGAGACUGACCAGAUUUCACCAGAGGAACGGGGAGAGGGGGAAGAAACUUUGUGUUCUCAGCUUUUUCCAGAUAAAGCCUUAGUUUGAUUAGUAGUCACUAAUAUCAACUAUGCAGAUAAGUAUAUAUGUGUUUCAGUGUUACAUGCAUUCGUUCCCUCAGCUACCGCUCUUAACACAUGUAAGUUUUACCCAAAGAAAAUUUAAUAUUUUUUGAAUGUCUGUACUGCAGAAGUCUUUUUUGCUAACAUGAAGAAAGAAAUUUGUAUUUUAAAAAAGAAACCCUUUCACUGGUGCAACACCUAGUGUCAAGUGUCAUGAAGUUGCUUCAAGAGGGAAGCUAAAACCACUUCUUGUGGCAGGUUUUAGUCUGAGAGUUUUUUAGAAUGUUCAGCUCUCAAAAUUGGUUUAAGAAGCCGCAGCAAUGUUUUCUUAAUGUGCAGAUUUGAUUUGGGGAGAAACUAAUGAGACAUCCCAGGCUUCCUUCCAGUAUCAGAAGUGAAUUAAAUCAAUUUCUCACUUAAAUGAUGUUGCUUCUUAACAAGGGGAGUUAUCAGCUACACAGUAGCUGGAUCUUUAAAUAAAAGCUAAAUCAUGAUCCCCAGGUGUUUCUCGCUGAUCUUUUAGUCUUGUUGUAUGUAACUACAAAUGACAAUUUAGCUCAGAGGUGAGAACUGUAGUGUGUGUUUUAUUGCUGGUGAUUCCAUCAUGUAGCAAUUAGUACCAUGUUCUUGCAUAGUUCUCAAGAUUCAUACUGGAAAUAGAUGGAGAAAAUUUUAUUUUUGGACUACUGUUUAAAAAAAUCACAAAAUUAAUGACUAGUUUUUAUCCCCAAAAGUCUACUGAGCAGUGUUAUAUUUUAGCAGUUAAAUUAGUAUCCUUGUUAUGUGGUUUGUCACUUGUGGUCUUCUUUUACUGAGGGUUAGAAGCAUUUCAUAAGUAAUCCUUAAAAUGUUGGCAUUCAAUAGCUUGAAGUCAGGUGCUUGUAAUAAAAGGGCAUCUGUGAUGAUAACUUCUGAUGUUACAGAAGCACUAUGUUCAGAAUGUUUAAUUGGGAAAAAAAAAAAAAGUGUGGGUGCAAGUCCCUUUAGUUCUGCCUGAUAAAGAGCCUCAGUCAAGAACAGAGCAACCAGAUGCUUGCCUGCACAGUGAAUGGUGUUGGGGAUCAGCCCCUUCAGAGAGGUUCGGCCUCAGUAUCCUUUGUUUCGUGUCACUUUUAGUGUGUAAAUAUAUCUAUUUUAGCAAGUUUGGAUAUAGCCAGCCUGACUGUACCUGACUUGCUGUGAUCCCCAAGACAAUGAAAGGCUGAGAAACAGUUGGACAGUGUUUUCCUGCCUUUCACUAGGUAGCUCAGAACAAACAGCUGGCCAGGUGUUUACUUACAAAUGUUAAAUCACAGCUAGAAUUCUUUGCAUUCCUCAGCUUCAAGCAAGAGAACGCGCAGUUACUACCAGAUGACAGACCUGUUUGAGUUGAUGAUUCCUGUGAUGCUUUUACUCAGUCCAGCAUGAAUUUGUACAAGGUCACCUUCCUCUUAAUUUUCAUGAAUUUUGGAUCAUAGGGCUUAGUGAUGGAGAGAGGAUCCUAACCGUGUGCUUACCCGAUGAGCUCUCCAGAGAAACUCCCCUGUGAAAUGCUCCCCUCUUGUGACAACAAGACUGAACAACCAAAUGCAGCUACGUUUGGGUGGUUAGCACCACUUUCAUUUGGAUUUUUAGGGAGGUGUGUUCCAAUAACUUCAAGGGAUACUGUGUUUUAGAUGUGUGAUUUCUUUCCUCUCUCCUUAUAAAACUGGACCUGAACACGAGUUUUGAGUUGUUGGGUUUUUUUGUAAUAAUCUCAGGACCUGAAAGAUUGUAGCAUUUAGUGUGUCUUAAAAAUGAUGUACUGUACCAGCCAUGGAUUUGUAAAUACACCUGUCUCCCUUUUUUUGUAUUUUAAUUUUUUAAAAGUGUGUAAGGCUCUUUGCCAGAGGAACUGGUGCCUGCUCAAUUUCCAUCCUGAACUGAAGCAGGAAAAGGAAGAAGCUGCUGCCACAAAAGCCUGCAUCAGUUCCAAAUGUGUAUCUUGUUCUGGUCAGUUUAAUGGCUGUUAGUCUCUUGUCCGUUGGGAAGUUGGUUUGUUCCCCUGCACGUUCCCGGUUGUGGCUAGCUGAGCCCUGUCAGGGAGACUAGUUUUAACUCUCUUCUGUGUGACUACUACAUGUUUUCACUCCUUCCAGAUACUCAGGUUUGCUAUCCCUGAGAAGUCUGAUGUUUUCAGAGGUCAGGACUAUUGGCCCUCUGCAAGAAUAGCUGGAGAGCAUUUCUCAUGAGUACUUUGGUCCAAACACAGUCAUAGGGUUUGUAUCCUGCGAACCUUGCAGGUAAGGCCGCCUCCACCUGUUCCGAGAGGGACUCACCCUUUUAUUUUCUGCUUUCCUGAAAGGAGUGCUAUUUUUUUGGCAGCAGACUUUGCUCUGGGAUCCAACCUUGUCAGCAGACCUGUUCUGCAGUAGGAGCCUUACUCAAUUUGGCGUAGCUGUUCCCUGUCCCUGACUGCGACAGGCUUUUUUCAUGAGUGUACUUUUUUUUAAUGUGUCAUGUGUCUGUGCUGUAUUAAAUAAAGAGGAAUGUACAUAUUA